AUGACCUACCGCUCCCGCGCCGGCGGUCCCCUCAAGACGCACAAGAAGCAGGGCAUCAAAAACGGCGGCCGAGGAAAAUUGCAUCAUCCCCCACCACCAUCCGCGCAGGCCGAUCCGUCCUCCUCGUCCUCUUCUGCCCACCCCGCCCUCUCUUCCCCUAGCGACGAAGCCAUCCUCGCAUCCCUCCGGACCGCGCUCUCUUCAACCCUCUCAUCGCCCGACUUCCGGUCCACCAUCCAGCGGAUCAAGGCUUUGCUGUACGACUCCAAGUGGCUCGAGGUGUUUACGGACCCGGAGCUGCUCGAGGCGUAUGCCGGGCGGUGGGUCCCGAGUCGGGCGUUGUGCUUUCGGGAGUUGAUGGUGCAUCUUCCGGAGGUCAGGGAGAUGAUGCUAGGGAAACAGAGGGAAGAGGCGGACAGCGAUGACUCGGAUGGAGAGGAAGAAGAAGAGGAUCAGGACGAGGAGGAGGAGGAGGAACAAGGGGAUUUGCGUGUCGUUUCCCUAGGCGGAGGAGCAGGAUCGGAGCUAGCGGCAGUAGCCUCUCUUCUUGCCUAUCGCAAGUCUUCGAAGGGCAAGGAGAAGGCGUGCGAGUGGGUAGGCGCGGAUAUAGGGAAAUGGGGAGACGUACUAGCCAAGAUCGGCACGGCGGCACAGGGAGACUUCGACCUUGACUCUCUUACGGUCAACUACGUCGAAGGAAACCUCCUAUCUGCGGGUUCGCAACUCUUAUCCCGCAUCUUCUCGCCAACCUCCGCCACCUCCUCCACUUCCUCACCAGCUCCAACCCUCUACACCCUCCUCUUCACACUAACCGAACUCCUCUCCCAAUCGCCCUCAUCAACCAUCUCCCUCCUCCGCUUCCUCACGUCCCAAUCCCCACCCGGAACCCUCCUCCUCGUCGCCGACUCGGCAUCCGACAUUGCGUCCUUCUCGCUCGGGUCCGAGCGGAAAUGGCCAACCAUGACGGUGAUUGACCUGGUCAUGCUGCGGAUGCUGGCGGGGACGGAGGGGCCAGCGUGGGAGCUGGUCAGGUCGGAAGAUAGUAGAUGGUAUAGAUUGGGAGAAGGGGUGGGGGCGGAUUGGCCGGUCAAGCUGGAGAACACGAGGUAUUGGUAUAGGCUGUUCAGGAGGAUAUAG